GCGGGCGGGCUGGGAGGAAGGUCGGGGCCAUGGGCCCGCGCUGCGCUUCCAGAGGGGCCGGCCACUGCGGGAGCCCGAGGCCGGAGCUGGGGGCGCUCCGGGCUCCGACCCGCGGCCCAGCCGGCCCCGCCCGGGCCGGGUGAGGGGCGCCCGCCUCAAGCUAGAGGCGGAGUGGAGGCCGCGCGCGGCCGGCCGAGCGCCUGCAGGAUGCUCAUCAAGGAGUACCACAUCGUGCUGCCCAUGAGCCUGGACGAGUACCAGGUGGCCCAGCUCUACAUGAUCCAGAAAAAGAGCCGGGAGGAGUCAAGCGGCGAGGGCAGUGGCGUGGAGAUCCUGGCCAACCAGCCAUACACGGAUGGGCCCGGUGGCAGCGGGCAGUACACCCACAAGGUGUACCAUGUGGGCUCCCACAUCCCAGGCUGGUUCCGGGCACUGCUGCCCAAGGCUGCUCUGCAGGUGGAGGAGGAGUCCUGGAACGCCUAUCCCUACACCCGAACCCGGUACACCUGCCCCUUUGUAGAGAAAUUCUCUAUUGAAAUAGAGACCUAUUACCUGCCUGAUGGGGGCCAGCAGCCAAAUGUCUUCAACCUGAGCGGGACUGAGAGGAGACAGCGCAUCCUGGACACCAUUGACAUUGUGCGGGACGCAGUGGCCCCAGGCGAGUACAAAGCAGAAGAGGACCCCCGGCUGUACCACUCGGUCAAGACGGGCCGAGGGCCUCUGGCUGACGACUGGGCGCGGACGGCGGCCCAGACAGGGCCCCUCAUGUGUGCCUACAAGCUGUGCAAGGUGGAGUUCCGCUACUGGGGCAUGCAGGCCAAGAUCGAGCAGUUCAUCCACGACGUCGGUCUGCGCCGGGUGAUGCUGCGUGCCCACCGCCAGGCCUGGUGCUGGCAGGACGAGUGGACGGAGCUGAGCAUGGCCGACAUACGGGCCCUGGAAGACGAGACCGCCCGCAUGCUGGCCCAGCGCAUGGCCAAGUGCAACGCAGGCCAGGAGGAGUCCGAGGCCCCGCCCCCGGGGAGGCCAGGCCCUGAAGCCCGGGCUGGGGCCAGCCAUGCAGGCACCCCCGACGGGCCCGAGGCACCCCCUGGCUCCGACACCUCGCCCGACGCCAGCUUUGGCAAGCAGUGGUCGUCGUCCUCCCGCUCCUCCCACUCGUCCCAGCACGGAGGGGGCGUGUCCCCCCAGAGCCUGUCUGAGUGGCGCAUGCAGAACAUCGCCCGCGACUCCGAGAACAGCUCCGAGGAGGAGUUCUUUGAUGCUCAUGAAGGCUUCUCAGACAGUGACGAGGUCUUCCCCAAGGAAAUGACCAAGUGGAACUCCAAUGACUUCAUUGACGCCUUUGCCUCUCCCAGGGAAGCAGAAGGGGCGCCAGAGCCUGGAACUGAGGCCACCAAAGGCAUCGGGGACGGGGCCCGAGCAGCCAGGGACUCGGAGGGUCCAGAUGGAGUCGGGGAGCUAGGGGCCGAGGCAUGUGCAGUCCACGCCCUCUUCCUCAUCCUGCACAGCGGCAACAUCCUGGACUUGGGCCCCGGAGAUGCCAACUCCAAGCAGGCGGAUGUGCAGACGUUGAGCGCAGCCUUCGAGGCCGUCACCCGCAUCCACUUCCCCGAGGCCCUCGGCCACGUGGCCCUGCGCCUGGUGCCCUGCCCGCCCAUCUGCGCCGCCGCCUUUGCCCUUGUCUCCAACCUCAGCCCCUACAGCCACGACAGCGACAGCCUGUCCCGCUCCCAGGGCCAGGACCACAUCCCGCUGGCCGCCCUGCCACUGCUGGCCACCUCAUCCUCCCGCUACCAGGGCGCAGUGGCCACCGUCAUUGCCCGCACCAACCAGGCCUAUGCAGCCUUCCUGCGCUCGCCGGAGGGUGCCGGCUUCUGCGGGCAGGUGGUGCUGAUCGGAGACGGCGUUGGAGGGAUCCUGGGCUUUGACGCGCUCUGCCACAGUGCCACCGUGGGCACUGGGAGCCGGGGCAGCAGCCGCCGCGGGAGCAUGAACAAUGAGCUGCUCUCUCCCGAAGUUGGCCCAGUGCGGGACCCCCUGGCAGACGGGGCGGAGGGGCUGGGCCGAGCCAGCCCAGAACCUUCCGCCCUGCCUGCCCAGCGUACACCCUGUGACAUGGCCACUCCUGAGCCUGAGGGCUCCCAGAACAGCCUGCAGACGGCCGCCCCCCUGGGGGAGCCCCGGCGGGCGAGCACCGCCUCCUGCCCACUGGCCACGGGCCCCGAGGCUCCCGACGGCCCCACCAGUGCUGCCCGCCUCGACUUCAAGGUCUCCGGCUUCUUCCUCUUUGGCUCCCCACUGGGCCUGGUGCUGGCUCUGCGCAAAACUGUGAUGCCUGCCCUGGAGGUGGCCCAGAUGCGCCCAGCCUGUGAGCAAAUCUACAACCUCUUCCAUGCGGCCGACCCCUGCGCCUCCCGCCUGGAGCCCCUGCUGGCCCCCAAGUUCCAGGCCAUCGCCCCCUUGGCUGUGCCCCGCUACCAGAAGUUCCCCCUGGGAGACAGCUCCUCCCUGCUGCUGGCCGACACCUUGCAGACCCAUUCGGGCCUCUUUCUGGAAGAGCUAGAGAUGUUGGUGCCCUCGACGCCCACCUCGGCCAGUGGUGCCUUCUGGAAGGGUAGUGAGCUAGGUGCCGAACCCCCAGCCCAGCCAGCCGCCCCCAGCACCACCAGCGAGGUGGUCAAGAUCCUGGAGCGCUGGUGGGGGACGAAGCGGAUUGACUACUCGCUGUACUGCCCCGAGGCGCUCACCGCCUUCCCCACCGUCACGCUGCCCCACCUCUUCCACGCCAGCUACUGGGAGUCGGCCGACGUGGUGGCCUUCAUCCUGCGCCAGGUGAUCGAGAAGGAGCGGCCCCACCUGGCCGAGUGCGAGGAGCCGUCCAUCUACAGCCCGGCCUUUCCCAGGGAGAAGUGGCAGCGCAAGCGCACGCAGGUCAAGAUCCGGAACGUCACUUCCAAUCACCGGGCGAGCGACACGGUGGUGUGCGAGGGCCGCCCCCAGGUGCUGAACGGGCGCUUCAUGUACGGGCCCUUGGACGUGGUCACGCUCACCGGAGAGAAGGUGGACGUCUACGUCAUGACGCAGCCGCUGUCCGGCAAGUGGAUCCACUUCGGCACCGAAAUCACCAACAGCUCGGGCCGCCUGGCCUUCCCGGUGCCCCCCGAGCGCGCGCUGGGCAUCGGCGUCUUCCCGGUGCGCAUGGUGGUCAGGGGCGACCACACGUACGCCGAGUGCUGCCUCACCGUGGUGGCCCGCGGCACCGAGGCCGUGGUCUUCAGCAUCGACGGCUCCUUCACUGCCAGCGUCUCCAUCAUGGGCAGCGACCCCAAGGCACUGGCAGGACGCGGGCUUCCUGAUCGUGUACGUCACGGGCCGGCCCGACAUGCAGAAGCACCGCGUGGUGGCUUGGUUGUCGCAGCACAACUUCCCCCACGGCGUCGUCUCCUUCUGCGACGGCCUCACGCACGACCCGCUGCGCCAGAAGGCCGUGUUUCUGCAGAGCCUGGUGCAGGAGGUGGAGCUGAACAUCGUGGCGGGUUAUGGGUCCCCCAAAGAUGUGGCCGUCUACGCGGCGCUGGGCCUGCCCCCCGGCCAGACCUACAUCGUGGGGCGCGCCGUGCGCAAGCUGCAGUCGCAGUGCCAGUUCCUGUCGGAUGGCUAUGUGGCCCACCUGGGCCAACUGGAGGCGGGCUCCCACCCUCAUGCCCCCACGGGACCCCCGCGGGCCACCUUGGCCAAGAGCAGCUACAGCGUGGCUGCCCCUGUGGACUUCCUCCGCAAACAGAGCCAGCUGCUUCGCUCGAGGGGUCCCAGCCAGGCGGAGCGCGAGGGCCCUGGAACUCCCCCCACCACGCUGGCACGCGGCAAGGCCCGGAGCAUCAGCCUCAAGUUGGACAGCGAAGAGUGAGGCCCAAACCGGGGCUGAACCUGGGUUAUUUAUUCUCACACCUGAGGGGCCUGAGAGGCCGCAUGUGGGAGGCUGGGGGUCUAGAUGUCCGGCCCUGGCCCACUGGCCCCACCCCCUGCACCUUUAUCUGCCCAUCAGUGUUACUUCCCCAUCAUGUGGGGGGACCCAGCCCAGGGGAGGGAGGCGGGGGUGGGCCAGGGCCCAGAGGCUUUUCCAACAUGUGUAAAUCCAUGAAAAUAAAUGCCACCUGCAUCCCACCCACUGGCCCACCAUCUGGCUGCAGUUGACAGCUCAGGAGGUAC